AAGUCUCGUUCUCCAACUUCCGGUCUCUGCUCCAGGCCCGGGCUGCGUGGAGAAGGCUUUGCAAUGCCUGCCGGCGAUUUGGAUUCCAAGCCCAGCUGGGCCGACCAGGUGGAAGAGGAGGGAGAGGAUGGGCACUUCUUGGCCAGUACCCAGCCCUUGGUCCCUUCUUCCUCAACGCCUGCUGUGGGCAUCAUCCCAAAGGUCUCUUGGCUUCAGCUUGGGGACCCCCGCCCCUCCAGUUCACUCCUCUUCCCCACACUGUCUCUGGCAGACAAAUGUGUCACCAGCGAGCUCCUCAAGGGGAUUCCUCUGGCCACUGGUGACACCAGCCCGGAGCCUGAGCUACUGCCAGGAGCUCCUCUGCCACCUCCCAAGGAGGUCAUCAAUGGCAACAUCAAGACAGUCACGGAGUACAAGAUAGAUGAGGAUGGCAAAAAGUUCAAGAUUGUCCGCACAUUCAGAAUUGAGACCCGGAAGGCUUCAAAGGCUGUUGCAAGGAGGAAGAACUGGAAGAAGUUUGGGAACUCAGAGUUUGACCCACCAGGGCCCAAUGUGGCCACCACCACUGUCAGUGAUGAUGUAUCCAUGACAUUCAUAACCAGCAAAGAGGAUCUCAACUGCCAGGAGGAGGAAGACCCCAUGAAUAAGCUCAAGGGCCAGAAGAUCGUGUCCUGCCGCAUCUGCAAGGGUGACCACUGGACCACCCGCUGCCCCUACAAGGACACGCUGGGACCCAUGCAGAAGGAGCUGGCGGAGCAGCUGGGCCUGUCCACUGGCGAGAAGGAGAAGCUGCCCGGAGAGCUGGAGCCUGUGCAGGCCACCCAGAGCAAGACGGGGAAGUACGUGCCACCGAGCCUGCGCGACGGGGCCAGCCGCCGUGGGGAGUCCAUGCAGCCCAACCGCCGAGCCGACGACAACGCCACCAUCCGCGUCACCAACCUAUCAGAGGACACUCGUGAGACUGACCUGCAGGAGCUCUUCCGGCCCUUCGGCUCCAUCUCCCGCAUCUACCUGGCAAAGGACAAGACCACCGGCCAGUCCAAGGGCUUUGCCUUCAUCAGCUUCCACCGCCGUGAGGACGCCGCCCGGGCCAUCGCCGGGGUGUCUGGCUUUGGCUAUGACCAUCUCAUUCUCAACGUCGAGUGGGCCAAGCCGUCGACCAACUAAGUCAGCUGCCACUUCUGCUGCUGCUCGGCCCUCCCACCAAGACCCCGCGGGGAUGGAGGGGCAGCCUCCGAGGACGGGAGGCCCCAAGGGCAAUAAACAAGCUCCAGUCGC